AUAGCCUGUGAUUGAGAGAAGAAAAAUAAAUAAAUAAAUGUCUCAUCUCUUCUUCUCUCUCUUGCAAUCGAUCUUAACCAACGCCAAUCCAAUAAAAAAUUGUUGUAUAUGCAAAAGGAAUUGCAUCGUCAGUUGCCUUUUCUAUCCAAACUAUAAAUAAAAUAUGUCCAAUUACCAAGCGGAGGAGGAUGCUGCGUACAUGGACCAUGUUGAUGAUGAUGAUGAUAUGGAAGUUGUAGACGACGAUUUGGAUGACGACUUUCAUGGUGAUGACAUGGCUGCAUCUGACUCCGAUGUCGACGAGUUUGACUACUCUAGUAAUAAAAUAGCAGAUACUUCAGCGGAGCAAGCCCGUAAAGACAAAGACAUCCAGGGCAUUCCUUGGGACAGGCUUAGCAUUACCAGAGAGAAAUACAGACAAACUAGACUAGACCAGUAUAAAAACUACGAAAAUGUCCCUAACUCUGGUGAUUCCUCCGGGAAAGAUUGUAUGGCUACACAGAAAGGGGCCAUCUUUUAUGAUUUCUGGCGGAAUUCAAGAUCCAUCAAAUCAAGUAUCCUUCAUUUUCAGCUGAGGAAUUUGGUUUGGGCAACUUCUAAGCAUGAUGUGUACCUUAUGUCACAAUUUUUGGUGAGCCACUACUCUACUUUGACUUCUGGAAAGCAUGAAGUUCUCAAUGUUCAAGGCCAAGUUUCCCCAUCCGAGAAACAUCCUGGAAGUUUGCUGGAGGGAUUUACGAAGACUCAAGUGAGUACACUUGCAGUCAAAGAUAAGUUCUUAGUUGCUGGUGGAUUUCAAGGAGAACUUCUAUGCAAGCAUCUUGAUAGACCUGGUGUGAGCUUCUGUUCCCGUACAACCUAUGAUGACAAUGCUAUCACUAAUGCAAUUGAGAUCUAUAACAAACCCAGUGGUGCGCUUCAUUUCACGGCCUCAAAUAAUGAUUGUGGAGUCAGAGAUUUUGAUAUGGAGAGAUAUCAGCUUGUUAACUAUUUUCGCUUUCCUUGGCCAGUCAAUCACACAUCUCUGAGUCCUGAUUGUAAGUUAUUGACGAUUGUGGGAGACAACCCAGAGGGUCUUCUCGUAGACCCCAACAAUGGAAAGACACUGGGAACGCUAGCAGGACAUUUGGACUUUUCCUUUGCAUCAGCAUGGCACCCGGAUGGGCUCACGUUCUCCACAGGUAACCAAGACAAGACCUGCCGGGUUUGGGACAUUCGUAACCUGUCUAAAUCUGUUGCUGUCUUGAGGGGUAACCUCGGGGCAAUUCGAUCCAUCCGCUACACGUCAGAUGGGAAGUACAUGGCCAUGGCUGAGCCGGCUGACUUUGUUCAUGUAUACGACGUCUCGAAAGGGUAUGAAACAGAGCAGGAGAUCGAUUUCUUUGGGGAGAUCUCGGGAAUAUCCUUCAGCCCUGACACAGAAGCGCUCUUCAUCGGUGUUUGGGACCGCACUUACGGUAGUCUCCUUGAGUAUGGCCGCCACCACAACUACUCCUACCUCGAUUCAUAUCUGUAACCGUUCGAGAGCCAUCAGAGGAAUAAAAGAGCUUACCACAUGCCUGGUACACUCCCGCGUCCAAAUAAAAACAUUAUAAUCAAAUCUCCAAUGGUGUAAAUUAUGUGUUGUGCAAGUACUAGGGGUUUUCACAGAGAGUCUAUUUAGUUAGCUUUUGAGUGUUGACUGUUGAAGUUCAUGUAUGUGUGUACAUAAGUGUUUGAGUUUCAGCUUGAGUUUGCAUGAACUCUUUACUUGGGCUAGACCAGGAUGAGACAACACGAUCCGAGCCUGUAGCUCAGUAUUUGGCUAUAAUCCAUUGUUAGGGACUCGUUUUCA